AUGGACCCAUCACCUUCAAUCGCCGGCUGGUACUCAUACGCCAACCUCGAGACCGCAGAAAAGUACCGCGCAUUCACCAUGCUCGGAUGCUUCAUUAUCGGACUCUUCAUUAUGGUCCUGGCAGCCAAGUACCACUGGGAUCUGGCAUCUCCCCCACCACGUCUAUUUCUCUGGAUGAGCUGCCUUUUCGCCGCCACGACGAUUGCCUAUUUAGCCGCGGAAGUCCUCACGCACACAUACCUUGACUUUUUACCCAACACCUGCGACGCCAUGAUCGAGCUCGCAGGGCCCAGGCGUGGCAACUUCUCGUACCCAUGUCAGCGAGACUUGCUCAUUCGAUGGUUCAACCAAGCCAUCACGGCUGGCCAUUUCAAUGUGGAACAGUUGCUGAGGAUCAAGAGGGUGAAGUUGACUCUCGGGCCGGUUCUUGGGUGUUCUUUUGCCAUCGCACUUGAGGAAUUUGCGAGAUGGGCGGAAAAUCGGCCGAUUCGAUUGGGCGACGAAAAGGACAUGCGUGAACUGGAGGAACAGAAGUCUGUUUGGGGAGUAUGCCCUCAUUGCUCUCGUUCCCGUCAAAGUGGAACGCAUUGA